GUUUCUUAAAUGUAGUUAAAUUCUUCUUAUAAAGUCCGAGCGGUUAGCCACUCACCGCCGGUCCCCCCAUCCCCUUCUCUAAAAGUCGCCACCGCGAGAGAUCGGCGUUAACGGCGGAGGAUCAAUUCUUUAACAAAACCAUAGGUGGCGCGACGCAAGCCGUGGUCUGGUACUCCGCCGGAGAGGGAGCCGCUGCUCUAUGGACUGAGAGGGAGUAGUCGGGUCACCGCUUUGGGAGGGGGGCGACGAGAUGGCAGUAGCUAACGGGAAGGCGGGGGGAACGGCGGAGGGGAAGGGGUGGGGUCUAUGCCGGCUUCCCUUCUGGGGCGGCGGCGGCGGAGGCGGCGGAGGGGGGUCGUCGUCGACGAACUCGUCGGCGUCGCUGACGCAGCACAGCCACCGGAGCUCGAGCCGGAGCCAGGUGGGGCAGGCCGAGGCGGUGGGAACGGACACCGGCCGCCGCCACUCCGGCGGGAGCACGGUGAAGUUGAUGGCGCGGUCGCUGCUGCCCCUACGGCGCCGCCUCCGGCUCGAUCCGCCCACCAAGCUCUACUUCCCAUAUGAACCGGGUAAACAGGCUAGAAGUGCAGUCAGGAUAAAGAAUACCAGCAAAUCUCAUGUAGCAUUUAAGUUUCAAACAACUGCACCAAAGAGCUGUUUCAUGCGUCCUCCUGGUGGUAUACUUUCUCCUGGGGAGAGUAUCAUAGCAACUGUUUUCAAGUUUGUGGAGCAUCCAGAAAACAAUGAAAAGCCAAUGGAUCAAAAGAGCAAGGUUAAGUUUAAGAUUGUGAGUUUGAAGGUGAAAGGACCUAUGGAAUAUGUGCCAGAACUGUUUGACGAACAGAAAGAUGAGGUUGCAGUGGAGCAAAUUCUUCAGGUUGUAUUCUUGGAUGCAGAACGCCCCAGCCCUCAAAUCGAAAAACUGAAGCGUCAGCUUGCUGAGGCUGAGGCAGCACUUGAGGCUCUCAAGAAACCCCCAGAAGAUGCAGGUCCUAAGAUUAUCGGUGAAGGGCUUGUCAUAGAUGAAUGGAAAGAACGAAGGGAAAAGUACCUCGCUCGGCAGCAGGUUCAGGGGGUUGAUUCAGUGUAAAGUGCAACUUUGUAAUCCUUUGUUCUGCUUGAAUCAAAUGAUAUAGUCGUGCACUGUGGAAGAAGAAUCGAUCGUCAUCCUUCAUCCCUUCAUUUUCAGGCUUGUCUGGGUGACAGUUUAGAGGUUCAAUUGGUGACAAUAACAGGCUUAAAUGUCAUGAACAUUUUAGAUUUGUUGUGCUUAGGCUUAUGUCCUAUUUGUAGAUCAUAGGCUUUUACUCCUGUGGAAGGAACAGAACCGUGCACCCUUUCUCUUUUCGUUAUUUAAGAUGUAAAUUUGAUAUUAUGUUCAUUGUUCAACUUGGUUUCGGUGAUAGGAAUAUCUGUGUUGGAGGCUUUGUAAUGAUUGAGGGUGCUUGUAGUAGUUUUUCUCAUCAGGUGUAAGCCAUUAUCUUGACAGAUUGUUUUGGGGGGCACAAGACUCAGUUUUUUUUUG